AUGGGCAUCAGGCUGAUCGUUUUUGGUCUACUGCUAACACUCCUGGCUCUAAAUCUAAGCUAUAAUCCGAUUGUUGGGAAUGUUGAUGUUAAGGGACAGCUCUUUAAGAGAGCAAAUGGCUACAAGCCCUGGCUCUAUAAGGCAACCAUCGACGGCUGUCGAUUUCUGAAGAAGGCCUAUCAUCCUCUCGCAAUACUCGUCUAUAAAAUUUUCAAAAGCUAUACAAACCUCAACCACACGUGUCCCUACGAGGGCUUGGUACUUAUCAAGGACUUGUAUCUCAAGUUCGAGAACUUACCGCAUGCUAUACCCACGGGUGAAUAUCUACUGAGAUUGGAUUGGUGCAUAAAUAAGAAUAUACAAAUAAGAUCGGAUGUUUAUUUUGCAUUCGUAGAGGACUUGUAA